AUGCCGUUUGGUUUGACAAAUGCUGCUCAAACAUUCCAAAGAUUUAUAGAUCAGGUACUCCAUGGCUUACCUUUCGUCAGUGCAUACAUAGAUGACUUAAUAGUAGCUAGCGCAUCUGAAACAGAGCACCUGCAACAUCUGAGGACGCUUUUCGAACGACUGCGUGAAUAUGGCAUUACAAUCAAUCCGCAGAAAUGCGAAUUUGGCAAGGAAUCCCUACAGUUUUUGGGUCACAUUGUUAAUGCCAACGGUGUUAAACCGGUUCCGCAAGAAGUAGAUGCAAUUCGAGAAUAUCCUGUUCCAGACUCGUUUCGAAAGCUGCGAAGAUUUCUGGGGUUAAUAAACUUCUAUCGACGUUUCAUACCUAAAUGUGCUGAAGUAGCCCAACCGCUGACAGAUUUAUUGCAAGGACGAGCCAAAGUGUUUCACAUGACCCAAGCGGCCCAUGAUGCUUUUGACAAACUGAAGCUGGCUCUAAGUUCUGAAACUCUUCUCUCUCGUCGUGAUUCAGAAGCACCACUAGCCAUCAUGACAGACGCUUCAAAUGUUGCGGUAGGCGCAGUACUACAACAGUUUGUUCACGGUCAGUGGGAACCAUUAUCUUUCUUCUCGAAACGACUUAAUGCUUCUCAAUCGCGAUACAGUACAUUCGGCAGAGAGCUACUGGCGAUUUACUUGGCUAUCAAGCACUUCAGAUAUAUGCUCGAAGGGUACUCAUUUAUAGUAUUCACCGACCAUAAGCCACUCACAAAAGCAAUUGAUGCAAAGCAUGACAACUACUCGCCCCGAGAAAUUCGACAUUUAGAAUUUAUUUCACAAUUCACUUCAGAUAUAAGGUAUAUCAAAGGCAGCAAAAAUGAGGCAGCUGAUGCUUUGUCUCGUAUGUACGUAAACGUCUUAGAACGUGACCGUAUUGACCUAGCAGAAAUGGCAAAGUUGCAGGCCACGGAUGAGGACUUGAAACAUUUGAAAAACAAUGUGAACACCUCAUUACGUCUUGAAGAAGUGACACUUGAUGACUCUGUAUCCAUCACCUGUGAUGUAUCCAAGGGUAAACCGCGCCCGUUUGUGCCGUUAUCAAUGAGACGAUUAGUCUUCUCUAAGAUGCAUGGCAUUUCACAUCCUGGUAUUCGAGCUACGGUGAAGUUAAUUACUGACCGAUACGUCUGGCCAAAGAUGAAUCGAGAUCUUCGACAGUGGUCCAGAGCUUGUUUAGCGUGCCAGCGAUCGAAAGUGCAAAGACAUAUUCUUUCACCUACGGGAAGAUUUUCCCACCGGAUGGCAGAUUUGACCAUAUACACGUUGACAUCGUUGGACCACUACCUCCGUCAAAUGGUUUUAGCUACAUUUUAA